AUGAGGAUCGAAGACCCUGACAUGCGAUCACCGCGUGAUCCUAGUUCGAGGGCGACAGAGGGUCUCUUCACAACAGAGAUGGGCAUCCGGAGCAACGAUGCGGAUGGCUGUGGCGCACCAGCGCCCACCUCUACCACCAAACUAUCGGAUUGCCAGCGCAGGGCCACGUUUGUCCAGCACGAGCGCAGAGCCGAAGCCACUGUCACUAUCGCGGCUCCCGAGGUAGUCAUCAACGUCAACGAUGGCACUUCCAACAUCGCUGCUACCACAAUAACUCCUGUUUCCAGCGAUACUGUCGUCGCGCUUGAAGAUCUCGGCUCUGUCACCAUCCCAGCCAACAUCACAGCUACUGCAACUACCGACAUGCCCAGUCUGACGGAUACAGCGUCUAUUACUGAACCGCCUACAAUUGUCUCUUCUACGACAUCGGUACUGAGCCCGGCAGGGUCAGUACUAUCCGACGCUCUAAACAGUACGUCAACGAGCUUCGCCUCCGCCGACACUAUCGUCACCGUCACGACAACUUCCACUUUCGAGGUAUCAUACCUUAAUGGCACUUUGUUUCCGGCAGUCCUGCUAAUUCCAACGGACACAAUUUCACAGUCCGGACGCGAAACUUCCACCAGAAGCUCAAGUGAGCCGUCAGGAAUAAUAGUUACGGCAGAAAGUUCGUCGGUGUCUGCAACUGGUUCUGACGGCAACACAGCUGAAGGUGCAGCAGCCACUACCACCCUAGAGGCACCUGCAGCAACAUCGAGUGAAUCUAGUGGUGGUGGUGGAGGGAGUGGCCCAGCACUGACCCCUCAACAGCAAUCAGUGGUUGGUGGAGUGGUUGGUGGCAUUGCCGGUCUCGCACUGAUACUUGUUUUAAUAUUGUUCCUACUUAGGCGCUACCGCGCCAAACUCAAAGCCCAAGGUCGUCUGCCUGAACAGAUGGCCCAGGAAGACAGUACGUCCGUCGAGGACGUCCGUCGAGGCAUGUCACAACGUUCAUCAGCGAUACCUUUGACGGCAACUUUGGCCAGCAGUCUUCGCCGGUUCCGGCCCAUGUCCAGUCAAACGGCUACAACUGACCAGACUGCUUCAACGGCACCUGAAGGCGAACGUGGUUUCCAAAAACUGGCCGGUCGCAAAAUUGACCCGGUUCUCAGCACGGGAGGUGAUGGCUAUGGAGGCCAUUAUGGUGUUUUCGGGGCCGCUGGGCCUGCCACUCAUCAGCGGAAUGAGAAUAGCUUGGCCGAUUCGUCAUUCUAUCGUGACAGUCGUGGAUUUUACGGCGGUACAGGCGCAGAUACCCCCCCCUAUCCUGCCAGUCCUAUCAUUGGCACUGAUGGCGAAGCGGAAAAGGCGGGCCCAAGCUCGACGCGAGACUUCGCUGGACAAGGCGCUCGCACCUCAAGUCAGACCUCGGUCGCCUCGAGCAGACCUGAAGUCGCCGGUGCACUCCGUCCCAGUCCUGCCAGGACACCGGUCACUGUCAGCCCAUCGCCAAGUUCAAUCAGGCUUCCAAUCCAGCAAACGCCGACCAUGAGCGAUGCUCCACCGAUGCCUCCUUUCGCUCCUGGUCUUCAUCCUGACGGAGUUGGACGCUCACUGGCGCACCACGAUGGCAGUCGUGUCAGUGCUCGGAGUCGAGGCAGUACCAGGAGUCGUUUCGCAGAAAAUGUGUAA